GCAGGAUACGAAAACGCAAUGAUGGAGGACGAUCGAAUGGACGCAGAAAACCGGCGGCUAACGGACAACCUUGCUAGGGACAUCAGGCAACUGAAGAGUCUCGCCUAUGAUAUCGAAGACGAAGCCAAAGAACACAACAGAUACCUUGAUGGCAUGGUCUGGAACUUUGGCUCGACACAGAACCUCCUUACGGGCGGGGUACAUCGAAUUAACAAGCUGCUUGGCUCCGGCCGGAGCAACCGUCGCUUGAUGUGCUAUAUUGUCGCUGCUGUUAUCGUCUUCGGCUUGAUCUUCUACCACGUCGUGGGAAGGGUGACCACUGUAAAUCCCUCUCUAGACGCAGUAGACGGACACAAUAACAGCAAUUAGAUUUUAAUGUUAUUAGCUAUGAUGAUAUAUUCAGUUAGAUCCAAAAAGAUAAUAAAACAAAAUGAGAAUUUUUAACAAACGCACGAUGAUGACAAAUAAUGUGGGAUGCUAUAUCGGAGGCAGAGGGAAAGACUUAAAACGUGUGCUGCUAAUAAGCCCCCAUUAGCUGAGGCCGGGACGCAAUACUGUUCGAUGCAAUGAAAUAAGAUGAAGAAACAAAAAUUGUAAGGGUAAAUUAGUAUCGGCGAAAGUAUUCUUUGUUAUAUUUGUGGUAGACAAUGAGACAACAGGGUUUGUUACAUAAAUGGGGCGAAAUAGGCGAACCGUAUCAACUUAACACGCGCUAUCUCUGAAGUAGCGGCAAAGUGAGUGACAGGCGCGUGGUGGCGCCUUGGCACCGACGAAGAGAUAUAAAACGUGUUCAACUUAUGUUGAGUUCUCCGUGUUGGCUUAGUGGCUAACGUAUUUGCCUGCUAAUCUUUGGCACACGUUAGACGUGAUCUGAGUCCGAACCCAUAAGGCAUAGCCGGACAAAUACACGGUUCGUUUCGUGUUAAUUGGCAGCCAAUCAGCUGGCCAGCUGUUUGUCUGGUGGAAUUGUGCCUAACGGCGAUAGCGGACAUAACUCUUCAAAUUUCAUACGAAUGUAAUGCACUGUUAGGCACCAAGAAUCGUCGCAGCUAAGUUAGGAAAAAAAACAGCAAAUAUGUAUUCAUUCACUAGAAAGUAUAAUUACUAGUUGGCAGUUAGAAGACGUGUACAGUUUACGAGAGUAACACGGUGAAACGGAUUAUUUUGCUAUUGGCAUCAUCGAUUAUAGUAAAUGAAGUCUUGUAAAGCAUUUGACCUUCAAAGAGAUCUCCUUGCUCUCUUGCGUAAUACGAAACAUGCGGUCUUUCUAAUUUUUCCGGCGUUUGGCGAGGAACGUGCACGACCAUAUACAUCAUAUAAAGUUAUAUCGUUAGUUUAGGAAUGGCUAAUAAUGCAUAGUAGUAGCACACCUAUGAAAUAAUGAUUAAUUGUAAUAGAAAUACAAUUAACAUUUAUACAUUUUUUGAACGGGUUAGAAGCAGAAAAGCUUAGGGAGCUCCUGACAAAAAUGAGCAUAUAAGCAGGUGUAUUAUUUCCUUGUAUUCGAUGGAUGUGUCUGAUACGUGGCCAACGCUCUAAGCUUUCGACCUUUCUUAGUAAAAUGUCAGGUGUCCAGUGAUAAAGGCAAAAAGCAUUUUUAUCGAAACAGUAAAAAAUAGGGUGUCCCUCAAGUUUAUAUUUCCGAUAUUGCCUGUAAAACUCAUAUAAUUAUUUUCGUUCGUUCCAAUAGCCAAACACUUAAGAAAUAGAUGUAACCCUUCAAACAAAACAGAUGAAGUAUGCAUUUUCAUGAACUGACUUUUAUAUGAGUUGAAUUAAAAUAGACGACAAACGAGAUAGCUAAUCAGACUACAUCAUUGAAAAGUAGAUUAUGUGCGAAUAUAGUUUGAACAAGCAACAAAGAAAGAGUAGGUAAAAAUAUCUAAGGAGAGCUAGUCGAUGAUUUAACUGUUUCCGGCGAAAGCCUAUCAUCUGAAUUUACUAAGUUGGCCGUGUUUACAAGGACUCAAUAACGAUAUUUGACGAGCUAUUAUGAAUAAUGUGGCAAAAUAAAAGUGGAAAUUAUAGUGACAUACUGACAUACGGUGGUUCGAAUCUAAAGAAACAGUUACAACAGCUUUUAUGAAUAAUAUAUUACUGAUAAAAUAGUGAUCAGUAAUAAGAGGUAGCAGUAGUCUUGCUAAUGGCUACCAGUAGCACCGUUAAUAGAGUAAACAAUACAUUUCCUGGUAAGAGAGUUAGUUGACAUACAAACCGCAAACGGAUUUCACUGAGACAUAUUCCGUUGACGUGACGUUCCCUCAAGGGUUGGUGGUUUAUGAAUACUAUUUAAUAAACAGAUAAAGUUGUAGGUUGUGAUGACCG